AAUCCAGUCAAUGAAGUCCACAGAAACUCAAUCUCCCUGGUCUAAAUGGAGCCACCCUAAUAAAAGUUGAAAUGGAGGAUGAAGAUGGUAUUUGUUUAUUUGAUGUUUUGUGUGACCCUCAAGCUCUGAAUGAUUUUCUUCAUGGGACAAAUGAGCUGCCAAGUGGAGACUUACUCAUUGAUUUAUCCUCUGGAGAGCCGUCACUCUUCACAGACACUCCAAGCCCUGCAUCUCUGUUAGCAGAUUAUGCUUGUUCUCAGGACACUCCAGUCUCUUGCUGUGUGGAUCUCUCCUUUCUGGAGGAGGCACUGCUGGCAUCACCGGGAUCCUCAUUUGGAAGUGGAGGUCCAGAGGUGCAAGAAGAUCCCAAUGUCCAACUAGUGGAACAGCAGAAAGAGUCUGAAGAGAUCUGUGACUUUCUCCAGGAGAGUCUCCAGGAGGCUGACAUCACAGAAGACAAUCUUCCUUUAGAGACAGCAGAAACUCUCCAGUUUGGUUUGUCUGGCACAUCCAUUCCUUUGCCUUCAAAACCGUAUUUCUCCAAACCAUUGACCCUUCCUGGGUUGAACUCUUUACCAAAGGACACACAAACAGCAGUGGAGCCUCCUCAGCCAUCUUUGUUAGCUGUUGGCCCAGGCUGUCCCUCACUCAAACCUCCAGGAACGCAGUUAAUGAGUCUACUUCCUGGGAAUGUCUUCCCUGCACCUCCACUAGAGGCAUCCUUUUCUCUUGAUUCAGCACAACGCACAAACAUGAUUAUCCAAAAGACCCUACCAACCCACCACAUGUUGGCCUCCACCGUUAGAACAAUUACCCCAUCAGGGGUCAUGUUACAAAAAACCCCUCUACCCAUUCAGCCAAAGUUACCAGUAAGCAUCAGUCCCAGGCCAUCAGGACAAAAACCAUUACCAGGAUUUACCUUCAUCUCAACAAAUACAUCACAGAGUGUCUUGUUAUCCCCUUCUGUUAACUUAAAACAUUCCUUACAAUCACAGUCCACUACAAGUGUCAGCAAACCUGUUAGCUUCAGUCUGGUUGGUCAGGGAGGACCCAUUGUCAUUCAGCCCCAGGAUCCUUUUCAGGGCAAGAGACAAUUCAUUCUGCCGAGCCAAACACCUGCAACUUUGUCCCAGUCUACCAGCAUCCCAAGGUGUAUUCUUAGUACACCAAGUAAUCAGGUGUCUAACAAACCCAGUGUUGACAGUUCUGAUAUUGUGACUGUACGGCCAAGGCAAAUCAACUUCAGCCCCAUUUUCACCUCCGCAACUGGACAGCUCACCUUAAAACAAGGGGCUCUUCUGUCAGGGUCCUUACCAAUUCGGUCAACACCUCCUACAGUCUUCCAGAUGCCAACACAGCUAGCAGGGACCUAUGCACCUCAAGUGCAGGGGCAGCAUGAUGCGGUAGUUCAAAACACUGAUGGAAACCAGAUCACAUUGAUCAAUAAUGCCAAUAUGCUUAUUCCUGAUUUGACCACCAUACGAAUAGAAAACGAUCAGUCUAUGAUACAAAGUGUGCCUUUGGUGCCUCAAGCCCAAAGUGCUCGAAUAAGUGGACCUGAGGGAAAGGCAUGUCUUACCCAGAACUCUGUGCUUCUCUUGCCCGAGAGAACAACAGAAGCCCAACAGGAGAAAAUCAAUGAACCGUUUCUAGAGAGCGGAUUGCUUCCUCCAGCUUCAGUGGAAGCACCUGUUGCAGAGAUACACCCUCUGUCCUCUCCAGUAUCAACUCUACUUCAGUCAUCACCUGAUAUUAGUUUUACCCCUAAGACAGUGUUGUCAUUAUCGCCCCAGCUGAUUACCCAGACAGGAGAGCAUAACCCAUUAAAUCAUAAUCAGGCUUUAGUGCAUCCUUCCCAACAGUUUCCACAAAAACCGUCAGCCAGCCAAGAUCUCCUAGCUCCAACUCUGCUUGUGCAAAUGGACAACCAUAUCUCUGCUUCUGUAGGUGAAGCUGAGGACUCACUUUCAUCCUUGACUGCAUCUGAGACUUUCUCUUCCUUGUAUGAGAGUGAAGAGAUUCUUAUGCCAACAUGCCAUGAUUCAGAGCACACAGAUAUUCUUUUGCAGUCUCCUAUUGGCCAGCGCUCUGUAAAGACCACAGACACAGAGUCCAUGAAAGGCUCGACAACUCCAGUCUCAGAUGAGCAGGAUUCUUCUGUUUUAAUUGCUCUUGGUGCUGACCCCAAGUGUCAAGGGGGGCCAGUGAUGAAUAAGAGCCCUUCCUCUUCCUUAGAGAAGUUGUUUAUGUAUCUGGAGCAAUUGGGCCAAAGUCAUGUGUUAACUGAGCUAAGCAGAACCUCAACCGAGUCAACCGACCAUGAGUACAAGCAGCAAUAUGGUGAACAUGACACAGAGCUCAUAGUCCCAAGGAGCACUGGGAUAAUCUCUUUUAAUCAGCGUGAGUUACAGGAGAAGGUACAUCUUGGACCCAGGCUGCUUGCCCAGGACAACGAGACCUACUCAACACUUCAGAAGAACCAGAUUCCAUCAGCAGGCGUGGAUCCAAAAGAGGAGAAGCUGAGACUAACAAACAGGCAACACAGGUUCAAACAGCAGCUGUUUUUGGACCACAGUGCUGCUCUCAACCCAAACACUUCGGCUCCAUUUGUUUCAGUGGAGGAUGCUUUGAGGCAUUUGUUGCCAUACCAUACUUGUGCUAGAGCUCUACCCAACCAGGCUGACUUUAUUUCAGUGGACAAGCAGUUUGAGUGUGUUUCAGUCGUUCUCUUGAAACAAUUCAAAGACAUGCUGAACAAGUACAGGAAACUUCUUCUGACUGAAUCCCAGCAGGAGAGCCCAUCAGCAGAGAUGGUGAUGCUAGAGCGUUUGUUUCUCCAGUCAGAGAGACUCUCCUUGAUGGAGGACAGACGCAAAACCAGAAGAGAUCCAGCAGAGUCCUUUCUUAUGACCCGGUCAAAGUACUCAUCUCAGCACACCCAAGUGCCAUCAAUCCAGACUGGCCUCGUCGGUUGUCCUCCAUCUCCACCAUCAUGGACCUUGCAAUCAGACAGACCUCCUGGCCUCAGGACAUAUAGCUCCAGCAGCAAAGGAACAAUACGCCUCACUAUCGGACAAGAGUCAGGAUCCAACAAAGUUAUCCACAACUCAUGUGAUGCCUCACAUGUAAUCUCUGGGUUAAAACGAAACUACAGCGGGCAGUUAACUAAAGGAGGAGCCAUUCAGGGGAAAAAUGAAUCCCUCAAGCCUCCUUUGUUAAAUGUUGCAGAGGACAAAAAUGGUCAGAGGCCAGAUCAGCUAAACAAGAUGAAAUUACACCUUGACAUGGAGACAAUAAGUACAGGAAGUGAUUCGCAGAACCUCUCUGAUUCUGUGGCCACUCAAGACUUUGUAGCUCCAAGGGUGCAAGGCUUGCUUCCAGAGCAGUGCACUCCAGUGUUUAAAAGGAACAAGCUGACUGCUUCGGUAGCAGAGUCUCCCAGUUUGCCUGCAUUAGUGGAAGGCGGGGAACUGAGUGAAAACCUGCAAAGUGCUUUAGACAGCAUCCUGGAGCUACAACGGUUGCAGGGAUCUGUAGCAGGGGUUAAACCCAAGAUUCAACAGCCUCGUGCACUGGAUCAGGCCAUCAGCAGCAUGCUAGAAGGACAACUAUAAGAUGGAAGGAAAAGCCUGAAGAUUCAGGAUAUUUGGCUUUCACAUCCUGCGAUCCACAUCCAGGAGUGACUCGUUUUUAUUCAUUCAUUUUCCUGAGAAAGAAAGUUCUAAUAGAGUAAAUAUAAUUGUGAAAGUUUCUUAAAUCUUUGGAACAUUUUUGUGGAGAUACAUUAUACUAAUUUAUAGUCUUUUCAGUUUAAGACAAUUUUAAAAAACGAGCAGUUUGGCUAUAUGUGUAUGCCAUUUUUAAAUGUAAACGUGUGUAUAACAAGGUUAUUUCUCUUUUGAUGGGGACUUUGGUUUGCUUGACGUUGUUUGGUUGUUUUAAAUAGGUCUUUACCAAACUCUGGGUCUCCAGAGGAAGCAAACCAGAGUACAUUUGGAAACGGCAGCUUUGGUACAGUUCAUGUGGACGUAAUAUGGUCUAAAAGCCUUAAUCUCUGAAAACUGCCUUUUACAGCAAUUGUGAGAAUGUACCAAGGCAAAUUGCUUGGUCAUAACUCAAGUUAAGAAAACACCAGCCAAACGAACCAAACUGAUGUGAAGCAGACUUGGGUCUGCAGUAUAAACUCUAGUGUGAAAGCAGCCCAUGUGUUGUAGGCACAGACAAUUCAGAGAAUGAUGUCAGUUCCCACUUGUUUACCCCCAAAGAAAAUAUACCCUAUUUCAUCCUAAAGUCACCAGCAAAACCACCAGUGAGAUUUUAUAAAUAUGAUAUCUGUGUACAUGUAAACGUAACAGAAUCUCCAUUGAUUAUCUGGCAGAUGUAAAGUAUGUCUUAUUCUGUAAUGAAGUGUACUGCAAAAGCAAUAAUUAACAGAUCAUUGAUAAAAUAUGGUUGUGCCUCAAUCAAAAUACAAUUUUUUUUUUGCAUUUCCAUUGCAGCUGCUUGAAAAGUCACUUCUGAUGUUCAACGCACACUUAAAGUGUUAGUUCACCCAAAAAUGAAAAUUAGGCUGCGUUUUACUCACCACCGAGGCAUCCUAGGUGUAUAUGACUUUCAUCUUUCAGACAAAUCCAGUCAGAGUUAUAUUAAAAAUGGUCUUUGAUCUUAAAAGCUCCAUCAUUGUAGUCAGAGGGUGUUGCAUUGCUUCAGUCCAAAAGAAGUUAAAUAAAAAUCAUCCAUACAUAAAAUAAAGUGCCUCACACGGCUCCGCGGGGUGAACAAAGGCCUCCUGUAGCGAAUCGAUGCAUUUUUGUAAGAAAUAUAUCCAUAUUCAAAAUGUAAUAAUCACUUUAAUCAAGCUUGCGCUCACUGUUGUAAAUGGAAGAAACUCUGGGAUGAUGACGUAUGAGGUCCGCUUUGUGCAUGCACCAUUCAGAAGUGACGCAAGCGGAAACACA